AUGGAGACCCCCAGCCGGAGGUCAGAUCAUAGCUGCGACCAAUGCCGGAAAGGAAAGAGAAGAUGUGACGCACCGACGCUACAUGAUGAUCGACCCGACUCUUGUUCGAAUUGCAAAAAGUACAAAAAGGAUUGUACUUUCCAGUGGCUGUCAACAAGGAAGCACAGUCGCCAGCAACGCCGGAAAAGAGCAGCUGGAGCCAUCAAAGUCGCACUCUCUGAAGAGCCGGACACGCCUGCCACCACCUGCCGGAGCAAAUCUUCGAACGAAAGCCCAUCAACUGAUGAGUUAGGCCAUGAAGGCGACCACGAAAACACCAAUAGCAAUGGGGCUUAUGCCAAAGUUUUCUCCUUGGCAGAAGAUCAGUUCAUGCAUAUUUCCGACCCAAAGCGUUGCACCGCUGAUCCUUUCUCUCCUCUGAGUAACUGGAAACUCUCUGAUGAAGAUAUCUAUCAUCAAGAGUUGGGCGAGGAAGCGGAGACUCAAGCCGACUAUGAUGAAUCAAUGCCAGCAUCAAUGGGCGAAGCUCUAAAUAGCUUCAUUCAACUUGAGCCAGUUGGCCUUACGAAUGAAAAUAUUCCUCGAUACUCUCCGGUUUCAAGACACGCAGCAAACCGACUUCCAAGCCGACAGGCACUGUGUGCUCUUUCAGAUAUAACCGCACGGGAAUACGCUCGCUCGACCAUGACCCAAAACCUAAUUCGCAUAUAUCACGACAGCAUGGAAAACGCGUUGUCAUGUUGGCUUACCGAGAGGAACUGCCCCUAUAGUCGAAUUCGAGAUGGAAAUCUGAAAACAACACAAAGUGAAUGGGGACCAAAAUUUUCAAACAGAAUUUGCACUCGGGUUUGCCGAUUGGAUUACGCCGCAUCAUCUAUUAGGGGGCGAUCCCUGAGCGUCGUUGAAGAUAAAAAAGCUUCCCAAGCUCUUCACAAGUCCAUUAUGGCAUUUGCAUCUCAAUGGGCUCAGAAUUUUCACAAAGACUCAAAUAAUAUUCCAUCGAAUCCCUUGAUUCACGAUGAAAAGUCAUUUCGGGAGAGUCUCUGGAACGAUGCUAAACAUACACUGGAGACUUCCGUUGGGAUACCCUCUUUUCGCGUUGUCUUUGCAAACAUUCUCUUCUCUCUCACCCAAAGACCCAUCAAGGACGAAGAAGAAAUCGGACUGGAUGAACUUCUGGAGAAAGACUUGGCACACAUAUUUCUCGAAAACGCCGUUCGUCAAAUGUUCAGCUUUCGAUACAAGGCUGCUCAAAUCCGGUCGGGAGCUGAUCGCAACAUGAAGCUUCCAGAAAGGACUGCAGACACGCUGCCAACCUCCACCAGCCCUAAUCUCUCUCUCUAUGAGGUUGAGAAUCAUGAUACAUUUGACCUUCUCUUCUGGCUAGGGGUCAUGUUUGACACCCAAAUUGCCGCCAUGCACCAACGGCCUCCUGUAGUAUCAGACGAAGAUAGCCAAAAGGCAUCAGACUCCGGGUGUAGAACAUCAUUCGCGGCUAGAGCGUCUUCUUUCGACCUUGAUGGGUUCAGUCUUUCGUCGCGUCGGCUACACAACGGGAAGCAGGAUUUAUGGGGCGACUUUCUCCUCCAAAAGCCUGCUGGAUAUCAAACGCCCGAAAAGCCCAUGCCCACUUGGCCCUUCUCUCACGAAGAAGCAGCCGAAAUACUAUCAGACGCAGCUCCAGUAAAAGUCUUACUGUGGCGUCGAAUCACUCAGCUUCAAACACUCAUCUACCGAGAGGCGGACCCUGAACUAAUCGAGGAAGGUAUUCAGAAAGCCCUACUGGUAUAUCGACACUGGAACAACACCUACAACAUUUUCAUUUUGAAUUGCGUCUCGAAUCACGCGACACUGCCACCCCGUGUACAGUCAUGGUAUGUUGUUCUUGCAGCACACUGGCAUCUUGGCGCGAUGCUUCUGGCAGAUGUAAUCGAAAAUAUCGACCAAACAAACCUAAGCUUGAAGCAUCAACGUGAAUCCCGGAACGUUAUACAGUUUCCUUGUUCACUUAAGCGAGACAAUGCCUCCGCCGUGGCAACACUUGCUCAAUGCUCGAUAUACGAGGAUGAGAUGAUGAAGCCACAUCCGAGUCAAUUCCAUGACUCUUUUAACGAUGCGGCAUUCCUUACUGAGCCUUUCACCGUUCUUCUCAUUAACUCGUUUGCCAAGUCUGGAUACAUACUCCUUGAGAAUAUGCAAACGUCACUGCGCUCUGUCCAUUGCGGACCUAGUGGGUCUUUUAAUCAAUUCCGACAAGGCUGUGAGGUCUGCAUUCGAGCACUGCUUUGUCUUGGGAGAAAGUCGGAUAUGGCAUCUCUUGUAGGGCGAGGGCUUUCCAAUAAAUUAAAGUCAAAGCUUCAGCCGGAGUCGAUCAAUCAGUCGACUUCAAGUUUGGAUAUGGGGUAUCUUGCAGGCAUGGAGAGCUAUUCCUGGGACUCUGACCCUGCAUUCGAUUGGGGGACAUUGCACACCAUGAAUACCAGUAAUGAUCUUUGGAUUUAA